UGUGUGUCUGCGCGUGCUUGCGGGCGCGCGCCUCGGAUGACAUCACUGCCUUAAAUAUUCCCGUUGCUUCUUCCCCGGCCGUCCUUUCAUCAUCUCUCCCCCCCCCCUCUGCCAGCGUGACGAGCGCUGUUUCCACGCGAUGUGCGCGUAGCUCGGCUCGGUUUAAGUUUCCACGAACCGAAACACACAACGCGGCCCAUUGAUUCACACUUGUGGGCUUCCACGAGGCGGAGAAGAGGACCGAGCUGCUAACGUUAACCUCGGGCGUGGUAGCGGGAGAAGAAGAAGAAAGAAGGAAAAAAAAAAAACCCUUCAUCUUUGUUCGCGUAAAGAAGAGGAAAAGUCCGAGCCAACAUGUCGCUGUCGGUGCCGCAGAACGGAGUGAAGGCGGACAACGAGCCCGUUAUCGAGCUGUUCGUCAAGGCGGGGAGCGAUGGAGAGAGCAUCGGGAACUGCCCCUUCUCCCAGAGACUUUUUAUGAUCCUUUGGCUUAAAGGAGUCGUUUUCAACGUCACCACCGUGGACCUCAAGAGGAAGCCGGCCGACCUCCAGAACCUGGCCCCCGGCACGCACCCCCCCUUCAUCACCUUCAACGGCGAGGUCAAAACCGACGUCAACAAGAUCGAGGAGUUCCUCGAGGAUGUCCUCUGCCCACCCAAGUACAUCAAGCUUGGUGUGAGACACCCCGAGUCGAACACAGCUGGUAUGGACAUCUUCGCCAAGUUCUCGGCGUUCAUUAAGAACUCAAAACCAGAUGGGAAUGAGGCUCUGGAGCGCGGCCUCCUGAAGACGCUGCAGAAGCUGGACGAGUAUCUCCGCUCGCCGCUGCCCGACGAGAUCGACCACAACAGCAUCGAGGACGUCAAGUUCUCCGACCGCAGGUUCUUGGACGGUGAUGAAAUGACCCUGGCCGACUGCAACCUGCUGCCAAAGCUGCACAUCGUCAAGGUGGUGGCCAAGAAGUACAGAGGCUUCGACAUCCCCAAAGAGAUGAGCGCCAUCUGGAAGUACCUGAACAUCGCCUACACGCGCGAGGAGUUCACCAACACCUGCCCCAGUGACAAGGAGAUCGAGAUCGCGUACGGAGACGUGGCCAAGAGGCUGGUCAAAUAAGUUCCUCCCCCCUUACACACCCCCCCCCCCCCCACCACCCUCUCUCCAAACUUCCCUGUCCACAGCACCGGGACUGAUGUGCUCUUUCACGAGUAAUAAAAGAAGAAAACUCUGGACUUGGUUUCCUUCUCUCAUCAUCUAGAGUAGACCCCCAAAUGCAUGAAGCCGACUUUUUCUUUUUUUUAAAUAUAUAUAUACACAAAGGGCUCCAUUUUUAGUUGAUUCAACAAAAUGAGCCACCGGUGUUCCACCUUUUUCUAUUCAUCAUUUAACUGCUUUUACUUUUUUUGUGUUUUUCCGAUGGAUGUUGUGAGGCGAAGAAGAAGAAGAAGAAGCAGCAGACCUGUUGUUCCAAAGUUAGCCGUCAAACACACUCCCUGAUAAGUGACCUUCACGUUGACCUUUCUCUUUCCCUGUUCUCCGUCUAAUAGUGACCAGUUGUUUUCUAGCGUUGCUUUAAAGGCAAAACCGAGCUUUGGGCGCAUCAAGAGGCGUCGUAAACAGUGUUCGAGCUUCCGUGUAUUUAGUUUUAAGCCGAAGCGAAUCCGAAUGUGUAAAAACGAUUGUAGCCGCAGGUAAAGCCACCUCCCGGACUUCCUCGCUGUCUGAAUUCAGCAGAAGUCUCGUAGCUCGGUGGACUCGAUCGGGACGAAUCUGAGAUCUCUGACCGUGUAGCUCGUAGAUUCGGUCGGUUGUGUAGCUGUCGCCACACCAGAGCUCAGGCCGGCUCAUUCGUUCUCUCCUUAGAGCAAGAAGGAAAGUCUUUUUGGUGGAGCUGACUGUAGCGGGAGUUUACACGUGGCAGCCUGACCACCCCCCCC